UCUUUUCACACUGUCGCUUUCGGCUAGGCGAGAUAUUCAGGCCCUUGAGUACCUCUAAACAAUUGAUCUGCUGCCUUGUACCAUUCCUACUUACUUCAGGGGCAUCACUCACGUCUCCCCAAUAGCCUGUGAACUUGUGGCUGAAAAAAUCGAGUUGCACAUGGCUGAAUUCCUGGCUAAACACCAAAGAGCUGAUCAGAAAUACUGGAAAUUCUAGGUAGUUUAGCUGCAAAGAGUAAUGGCUAGAACAUGCUUGGCAAGUAUAUAUAUAUAUAUAUGUAUAUUUGCUGAGAAUUGUGGAUAUCAUCUAGUGAACUCCAGGUUUGACAAAAAAGUAGUUUGAACCACAGAGGAUAGGAAUACUAGGGUUGAAAUCCACUGGCUCUCAGUCCAGUGCUACUAAAACCGUCUUGUAACGUAUAUCCUAUAUCUAGUCCUGACAUCUCAACGCAGAGCUUGAGGUUGCAAUCCCAGUUGUUGUUUUUUUAACAAAUGUAGAUGAAGCGGGUAUUGGUGCAACUCUUUACAAUUCAUCCAGAAAAUAAUGUAUCCAACUAUGGACUGAGGGAUGCUGUCUUAGUUCUGGCAUGCAGGGAUGGAACUGAAAAGAAAGAAAAUUUCCUUUGGUCAGUUUCUAAUUCACUGUGGUGAGCCCUUUCUUCCAAGAUUAGGUGCAGUUGGAUUGAGAUUAAACUCUGCCUCCAUUUCCAGUACCCUUCAGAUGUAUAAAGCACCCCUAAAUAAUAUCUGUCUCUCCUUUACCCAACCAAUAGGUAUUCUUUGAGAGACAACCAGUCGUCAAACUCACUGAGGAGGAGAAUUGCACAAGGUUACUCUGGCUUCUUCCUCGUGAUUGGACUUUCUCAGUGCCAGUCUCAAAGCGACACUGGGAUCUCAGAUUGUUGCUAGAAGGAGACGGCGUCGACGACUGACUAGGCUGGCGGCGUUCUACCUUCCAGUAGUGCGCUCUUCCUCUGGCGCUGGAAGCCUGCCCUUGGCCUCUCUGCUGUGGGGCCUGGAAGGAGGAGUAGCGAGGCGGCUCGAGAACGAUCCGGAGCGCCCAAGCGUUCCUCUCGUCAUCCGCUCAGCGCCAUGUCCUGGAUGUUCAAGAGAGAUCCUGUUUGGAAAUACUUGCAGACUGUCCAAUAUGGAGUCCAUGGAAAUUUUCCACGCCUCUCAUAUCCAACUUUCUUUCCCCGUUUUGAAUUCCAAGAUAUUAUCCCUCCAGAUGACUUCCUAACUAGUGACGAAGAGCUAGAUUCAGUUUUAUUCGGAACUUUGAGAGGUCAUGUAGUUGGGCUACGCUAUUACACAGGAGUAGUUAAUAAUAAUGAAAUGGUUGCAUUACAACGAGAGCCCAAUAACUCCUAUGAUAAGAAUGCAAUUAAAGUAAACAAUGUGAAUGGAAAUCAGGUUGGCCACUUAAAGAAGGAUCUUGCAGCUGCUUUGGCCUAUAUCAUGGACAACAAAUUGGCACAAAUUGAAGGGGUAGUUCCUUUUGGUGCAAACAAUGCUUUUACCAUGCCUCUGCAUAUGACUUUUUGGGGAAAAGAAGAAAAUCGAAAAGCAGUUUUAGAUCAGUUGAAGAAACAUGGAUUUAAAUUGGGUCCUGCACUAAAAACUCUAGGAUUUGGUUUGGAAAGUGGUUGGGGCUCUGGAAGAGCUGGACCAAGCUAUAGUAUGCCAGUUCCUGCUGCAGUACAGAUGACAACUGAACAGCUUAAAACAGAAUUUGACAAGCUGUUCGAAGAUUUAAAAGAAGAUGAUAAAACUCAUGAAAUGGAGCCAGCUGAGGCUAUUGAAACACCAUUGCUUCCACAUCAAAAACAAGCUCUGGCUUGGAUGGUAUCACGGGAAAACAGUAAAGAACUUCCACCAUUUUGGGAACAGCGAAGUGACUUAUACUAUAAUACAAUAACAAAUUUUUCUGAGAAGGACCGACCAGAAAAUGUCCAUGGAGGAAUCUUAGCUGAUGAUAUGGGUUUGGGCAAAACUUUGACAGCCAUUGCAGUAAUUCUUACCAACUUCCAUGAUGGGAAACCUCUUCCUGUUGAAAGAAUUAAAAAAAAUCAACUUAAGAGGGAAUGUAAUGUUAAUGAUCAAUCUAUGAUGCUUGGAGGAAACAAUACCAGUGAAAAGGCAGAUGAACUAAUCAAAGGACCUAGAUGUAGUGGAGAACCCAGUAUUUCAGAUGUCCAGGGAAAGAAUAAAUAUCCCAAGUCAGAAUUGUCUAGCUCCCGCCCCAAAAGAAGAAAAACUGCUAUUCAGUAUACCGAAAGCAGUGAUUCAGAGGAAAUUGAACCAAGUGAACUGCCACAGAAAAUGAAAGGCAAACUGAAAAAGGUACAGUCAGAGACUAAAAGCAGAGUAAAAGCAGGAUCUUCUAAGGUUAAAGAAGAUUCAGAGUUUGCAUGUGCACUUACUUCAUCUGCCCCUGCAACAAAAAAGAAAAUGUUGAAAAAGGGGGCAUCUGCAGUGGAGGGUUCAAAGAAAACUGAUGUUGGAGAGAGACCAAGAACAACACUGAUCAUCUGUCCACUUUCUGUGUUAAGCAACUGGAUUGACCAGUUUGGGCAACAUAUAAAAUCAGAUGUGCACUUGAACUUUUAUGUGUAUUAUGGUCCUGAUCGUAUUAGAGACCCAACCUUGCUUUCAAAACAGGAUAUUGUUUUGACAACAUACAAUAUUUUAACUCAUGAUUAUGGAACUAAAGGUGAUAGUCCAUUACAUAGCAUAAGGUGGCUAAGAGUGAUCCUGGAUGAAGGACAUGCCAUAAGGAAUCCAAAUGCUCAGCAGACAAAAGCUGUACUUGAUUUAGAAGCAGAAAGAAGAUGGGUAUUGACAGGUACUCCAAUUCAGAAUUCUUUAAAGGACUUGUGGUCCCUUCUUUCCUUUUUAAAACUUAAACCAUUUCUUGAUAGAGAAUGGUGGCAUAGAACAAUACAACGUCCUGUCACAAUGGGAGAUGAAGGAGGACUUAGGCGUUUACAGUCCCUAAUUAAAAAUAUCACACUUAGAAGAACAAAGACAAGCAAAAUUAAAGGAAAACCUGUUUUGGAGUUGCCAGAACGUAAAGUAUUUAUUCAGCAUAUUACCCUUUCAGAUGAAGAGAGAAAGAUUUAUCAGUCUGUGAAAAAUGAAGGCAGAGCUACAAUUGGAAGGUAUUUUAAUGAAGGGACUGUCCUUGCACACUAUGCAGAUGUCCUGGGCCUUUUACUUAGAUUGCGGCAGAUUUGUUGUCAUACUCACCUUCUUACAAACGCAGUGUCUUCCAGUGGUCCCUCAGCCUUUUCUCUAGGAAAUGAUACACCUGAAGAACUACGAAAAAAGUUAAUAAGAAAGAUGAAAUUAAUUCUGAGCUCAGGUUCCGAUGAAGAAUGUGCAAUUUGCUUGGAUUCUUUAACGGUUCCUGUCAUAACACAUUGUGCACAUGUCUUCUGUAAACCCUGUAUUUGCCAAGUCAUUCAGAAUGAGCAGCCACAUGCUAAAUGCCCUUUAUGCAGAAAUGAUAUACAUGGAGACAAUUUAUUAGAAUGUCCUCCGGAAGAAUUGGCAUGUGACACUGAGAAAAAGUCUAAUAUGGAAUGGACAUCUAGUUCGAAGAUUAAUGCCUUAAUGCAUGCAUUGAUUGACUUAAGAAAGAAGAACCCCAACAUAAAAAGUUUAGUUGUUUCUCAGUUUACAACGUUCCUGUCUUUAAUAGAAACACCACUCAGAGCUUCUGGAUUUGUAUUUACUCGUUUGGAUGGUUCUAUGGCCCAAAGGAAAAGAGUUGAAUCAAUUCAGUGUUUUCAAAACACAGAAGUAGGAUCACCAACUAUAAUGCUUCUAUCCUUAAAAGCAGGUGGAGUUGGUUUGAAUCUUUCUGCAGCUUCUCGAGUGUUUUUAAUGGAUCCAGCCUGGAAUCCAGCUGCUGAAGAUCAGUGCUUUGACAGAUGCCAUAGACUUGGCCAGAAGCAAGAAGUUAUCAUCACAAAAUUUAUUGUGAAGGAUUCUGUUGAAGAAAAUAUGCUGAAAAUACAAAACACAAAGAGAGAACUUGCAGCAGGAGCCUUUGGAACUAAGAAAACAAAUGCUAAUGAGAAUAAACAAGCUAAAAUUAAUGAAAUCAGAACUUUAAUUGAUUUAUAAUUUGUGGGAUUUUGGUAAGGUCAGUUUGAUCAGAUAUAUACAAAAGUUUUGGAAAUGAGAAAAAUACAGUUUUAGAAAUGAGACCUAGAGAGUAUGUCUUCUUAAAGGGGCAUAUCAUUUUAUAUUAGUGAGGAAGUAUUACUGAUACAUAAUCUCUUCUAUAUAUAAACCUAUUUUUAACAAUAUUUCAAAUAGCAAUAAGUUCUGUUAUAUACUGUGGCCUAAAAUAAUUUUUGGGGAAAAAGAAGUUACUUUGUUAUUCAGCUUUUCAUAGUAUCUAUGCUGAGUAUUUUCAUAAAUCUUCAAGUACUCAGCUUUUUCAUAUUUCAAGUAAGGUCAAACCUUUUAUACUUUUGACCAAAUGAAAGAGUUAUUUUCUAUGUUGGACACAUUGGUUAUUCACUAAAGCUUCCCAUUUUUGAUGUAAUAGAUUCAGGGUCCUUGUAAACAAUUAAUAUAUACAGACUAUCUGAGAGAUUGAUUUUAUUGGGCUUUCAAAAAGCAUAUUUGCAUUCCAGAACCAAACCUUAAAUUAGAGACCAAAGUCCAGGUUAGUAAGUUACUUGUAGUUUUUUUUUUUUAAGUAGUUUCAUUGAGAUAAUUCAUCUAAGUGACCUGCAAUUUUAUGUUCAUGAAAAAAAUUAGGGACUGUGUUACAGCACUAUUUCUCUCCAUUUCAGUCAGGUGGUACUAUUAUUCACUGUUUAAAUAUAACUGGAUGUGUUUGUAUGUAAAUACAGUCUGGGGGGUGAGAGAACCAGUUCUACCCAGUUUGAUUUGAAUAUUUAAAUUAUGGAAUUGCUGAAUAGAUAUUUCUAUAUAUAGAUAAUUUUUAUUUAUGUAGCUUUUUUUUGAAAUAACUUUAUAAUAAUUUUUAUAAUUCAGAAGACUACUAAAUGUGAGAGGCGUGAUAUCUGGAUGGAAGUUGGGCUGGAUGACCUCCAAAAUCGCUUCAACUUUUAAAGACAUCUUAAUCCAGAGUGGAAAAAUUUCUUUGUUACUGUGUUUAGAAUCAGAAUUUGAUUUUGGAACUUCAGUAAUUCAUCCUUACAUUUAUCUCUAGAAUUAGCCAUCUUUCUUACUUUUUUGUUAAUAAUCAAACUCACAAUAAUUGCCACAACAUUCUAAAUGACUCUUUGAGUCACAUUUAAAACAAAUAAGCUAUAAAUCUAGCAGUCAGGUUAGGUACACAGUGGUGUUUUUUCCUUAAGGGAAACUUUAGUCCAAAGAAAGAAGAGAUUAAUUACUGUAACAUGAGAAGCUUCAUGUUUGAUGAUACAGACUUGAGAACACCUUAUAUUUUACUCACAGUGUUAGAAGUUGCUUGACUGAAAGGUAAGAGGAAUUUGGAGGUAGUGUUGUGUUCUAGGGCACCCAUCUAAGGUAUGUGCUAAAUCUGUCAAUAGCUAAGUUCUCUCUUCCCUGUGCCCUGUCUCUGGCUCCAAGGGAACAGUGGAUUAGACAGUCUUUCUAGUCCCUUUUUUCUUUGGCAGCAGGUAAGGAGGAAGGGCACCCAGGCAUUCUUGCUUGGGUAAGAGUGGAGUAAUAUGUUGGGGUUGGUCCACUAGCAUUAGGAGCAAUAGGGAGUUCUUUACUUUGUAGGACUAUCAUUACACAGAAAGAAAGCAGGUUGAUCCAGAUCUUAUAAAGUAGUGUGUGGAUUCUCUGUCUGCCAACAUUCCAGUGAGAUUAAGAAUAGAGUUUUCAGCAAAAAGAAAAAUCCCCAAAACCCACCACCAGUCUACUCUUCUCACAAAGGCAAAGCCGUGCAAACUCAGUGAGGACUGCUUGCUUCUUUACCCAUUUACAAACUUUUGCUUUUUAAACAGUCAUAAUGAUAAAUUUGGCAAGUUGUUUAAUAAAAAAUACCUUUGUUUAUGUACAGUUCUACUAAAUGUUGUUAAAUAAAAAUCACAUUUCAUCCUAAGAAAAUAUGUAAACCACUGGAAUGAGAAGUUUGCAUUAUGCUAUGCUGUUAAUUCUGUCUCAUUAUUAUGUAGAGUAGCUUUAGAAAUAUCUUCAAGACAUUGUAUUCCCACUUGUGGUUCAUGCUGAAUUUUGUGCUUCAAAACUGUAUUUUAAAUUUAAAAUCAAUAAAACUUUCAAACAUG